UUGUAAUCGGUUUCCAGAUUGUGACUGUUAGUUCUUUGAUCCCCCUCAUCCUGGGUGGUGGGGAACCGCUCACUUUGCGCAGCUUUUUUUGUGAAUGAACAACUUGAAGGCGGCCGCUUCGCGAGAGCAUUUGCCUGCGUCAGAUCUCCCUCAUCCCGCCUGUUGGCGCAGGUGGCAUCAGGUCGGCGCGUGGAUUAUGAUAUUGGACAGAAAAUCAAUGGAUGAGUCCGAUAUUGACGUGGUCGGAGACGGUAACAAAGACGCCAAAACUCAGAACGCCUCUCCGCUGGACAUUGCACGGAGCGUAACGGAACCGAAAGAUGCGUCAUCAUCUCCAAGCCAUGAAGAAGAGGAUAAGGAAGAAAACAACUCGUCUGAAAAAUGCAGUCCAACUACGGCCAGGAGUAUCACAACGGUGAAACCCCCUUACUCAUACAUUGCCUUGAUAACUAUGGCAAUCCUCCAGAGUCCCAAAAAGCGUUUGACAUUGAGCGAGAUUUGUGACUUCAUCAGCCAACGAUUUUCUUAUUACCGUGAGAAAUUCCCAGCCUGGCAGAAUUCAAUCCGACACAACCUGUCCCUCAAUGAUUGUUUUGUCAAAAUGCCACGCGAGCCGGGAAAUCCCGGUAAGGGGAAUUAUUGGACUCUGGACCCCAUGUCGUCGGACAUGUUCGAGAACGGGAGCUUUUUGCGUCGAAGGAAGCGCUUUAAACGGCAACACUUCCGUUUCGGUACGGUAAAGGAGACGCCACUGGAGCUAACCGGCUUGCCGAGCUUUGCCUACGGUGCAUAUGGAAUGGGCACCGCGCGCUUUCAACUCCCCUGUUUGGAGUUAUACAAUGUUGGCAUGGAGCAUCACGCGGGGUCGUCCUGUUCUCCCAACAUUCCACCUGUUAGCAGCAUCUUGCCGGCGUUGUCCACUCUUUUCUCCAGAACUUCAGGUACACGACCGAAAGCGUUUCUUCCUUCGCAGCCACUUGCCUUUGAGUCGCUGGAUACGACUCGCGGAACUCCGGUGUCCACAGCCUUAGUCCCUGGUUCGCCGUUUUUACCACCGGUCGCUCUCCAUCCAGUUGGCACUCAGCAUCUUCUAAACCUGCAAGAGUACCACAAGUUUCAUUCCCUCCACAGUCCAGGCCUCGCCAAUAAACUUUUACAGCACCUUGGUGACGCCAGCACUUAGUUGUUUAAUUACAGGUACCCAAGGUGGCAUCACUUGGAACUGUUGCCACGGCGGUUCUUAAAUGUCACUAUUCAAAUAACUCGCAUUAUUCAAUUAUUGUUGACAUUAUAUUAAUGAUU